AUGUGUUCCUUUUGUACAGCCACGGGAUUUACUCCUGAGAUGUGCUCCUUCCUUGGAAUAGCACAUGGCACACAUAUACCAGAGCGCAUAUACUGUCGUGGUGAACGCAAUUGGGUGCAAGUAGUCUGCAAUGGAGGAGUGGCAAGUCUGAUGGCAUUGUUCUACAUGAUGGAUUGUGGGUGUGGAGAACACCCAGUUGACCUUGUUUACAAUUACCGAUGUUCUUGGCUUAGUUUAGCUAUUCUUGGAGCUCUGUCAUGCUGCAAUGGAGAUACAUGGGCCUCUGAGAUAGGAACAGUGUUGAGCACUGGAGAUCCUAUUCUCAUCACUUCCCUUCAGUCAGUACCACGAGGCACAAAUGGUGGCAUCAGCUUCAUUGGUCUGGUUGUUAGCCUUCUAGGAGGACUUGUUGUAGGUAUCGGCCAUUACUUAACGUUACUGAUGUGUGUAUCCAACCCUGUCAUGAUCUCAGCACCUCCACAGUGGCCAAUUAUCUUUGUUGGAGCUGCUGGGGGACUAAUGGGUAGUCUAAUUGAUUCAGUACUUGGAGCAACCAUGCAGUUCUCAGGCAUUACUGGCAGUGAUAACAAAGGGGUGACACACUGUAACUUAAACACCAUUAUGAGCUGA